CCUUCCCGCCCAGCCAAUGGGCGUCCAGGGCGUCUCGGGAGGGCGGGGCGGAAGCCGCGCCUAAAGCCCCGUGACGCGCGCCGUCCCGCUGCGCUCCGCCGCUGCCGCGUGUCGCCGCUGUGCCCUCCGGCGCCGUCAGGAGUUGUUGGACCCUCUGAAGACUGUCCCUGCCUGGGUCUCUGGUUAAAAAUCUGUAUUCCGGUCUGAACCGUGGGAAGACACUAGUUGACAGAUCUCUGCCUUCCUGCUGAAGAACACGAUGUUUUCCAAGCUAGCACGCCUGCAGACGGUCGCUGUGCUGCGUAGAGGAGUUCAUUCUUCCCUGGCCUCUGCCACGUCUGUGGCAACGAAGAAAACAGUCCAGGGCCCCCCAUCCUCGGAGUACAUCUUUGAGCGGGAGUCCAAGUAUGGCGCCCACAAUUACCAUCCUUUACCCGUGGCCCUGGAGAGAGGAAAAGGCAUUUAUGUGUGGGAUGUGGAAGGCAGAAAGUAUUUUGACUUCCUGAGCGCUUACAGUGCUGUCAACCAAGGGCACUGUCACCCCAAGAUUGUGAAUGCCCUGAAGGCCCAGGCAGACAAGUUGACCUUGACGUCUAGGGCUUUCUACAACGACGUCCUUGGUGAAUACGAGGAGUAUGUUACUAAGCUUUUCAACUACCACAAAGUUCUUCCCAUGAAUACAGGAGUGGAGGCUGGAGAGACUGCCUGUAAAAUCGCCCGCCGGUGGGGCUAUGCCGUGAAGGGGAUUCCGAAGUACAAAGCCAAGAUUGUCUUUGCAGCUGGAAACUUCUGGGGUCGCACGCUGUCUGCCAUCUCCAGCUCCACAGACCCCACCAGCUACGACGGCUUUGGGCCCUUCAUGCCGGGGUUUGAGAUCAUCCCAUACAACGACCUGCCUGCACUUGAGCGUGCUCUUCAGGACCCGAAUGUUGCCGCGUUCAUGGUGGAGCCCAUUCAGGGGGAAGCGGGUGUCGUAGUCCCGGACCCGGGUUACCUAGUGGGAGUGCGGGAGCUCUGCACCAGGCACCAGGUCUUGUUUGUUGCUGAUGAGAUCCAGACAGGGCUGGCCAGAACCGGUAGGUGGCUGGCCGUGGACCACGAGGACGUCAGGCCCGACAUCGUGCUUCUGGGAAAGGCCCUUUCUGGUGGCUUGUACCCCGUGUCGGCGGUGCUGUGUGAUGACGAGAUCAUGCUGACCGUGAAGCCCGGGGAGCACGGCUCCACGUACGGCGGCAACCCGCUCGGCUGCCGCGUGGCCAUCACAGCGCUCGAGGUUCUGGAAGAAGAAAAUCUCGUUGAAAAUGCAGAAAAGAUGGGCGCCCUCCUGAGAAAUGAGCUCAUGAAGCUGCCUUCCGAUGUCGUGACUGCUGUGAGAGGGAAGGGCUUGUUAAACGCCAUUGUUAUCAGAGACACCAAAGAUUAUGAUGCUUGGAAGGUGUGCUUGCGACUGCGAGAUAACGGGCUUCUGGCCAAGCCGACGCACGGCGACAUCAUCAGGCUCGCGCCGCCGCUGGUGAUCAAGGAGGACGAGAUCCGGGAGGCGGUGGAGAUCAUCAACAAGACCGUCUUGUCUUUCUGAGGCUCGGGGCGGUCGCGAGGUCCCCAGGCGCUGGCUGGGGCCAGGACACCUGUGACAGCUCUGCUGUGUGUGGCACAUUCCACUCCGCGUGUCUUCGUGACUUUUCUUUCCCAGUCGAUGGGCUGAUGUAUGUGAGCCUGUAGCUUGCUGUGGAACUGAGAGCGCAGUGCAUCUGUAGUUGGCUAAGUGUCUCGGUGAGCGCGUGCACUUUGAAAGCCAAAAUGCAUCUAUCUGAAUGUAGCUAGCCUUUGAGCCAACUCCUCUAUCAUGUAUGUAUGUCUUUCUAAUGUCUCUGCUGGUCUAAAUGUUUUGUAUAUGAAGAAGUUAUCUCGAGUGUUGCAUGAAAGACUUGCGUGAUGUUAAAGUGAAGUCCUUGCAGUCACUGGGCUUUUGGAAGGAUCAGUGGUCCCGCAUCGCGGGGAGCCUCUUGCUGUGGGGAACCCUGCUUUUCCCUGAACUUGGUGUUGGCGGACACCACAGUGCAUCCUGUUGUCAUUAUGCUUUAGAAUUAAGUCUCAUUGCUAAGUAUUGCUGUAGUGCUUGAUUAUAAUCUGUAACACAAUGUUUAUUUUCAGCAUUGCUUUACAUUUAAAAUAAAACGUCGGUUUAAAAUGUG